AUGAAAUUUCGGACACGCAAUGUGAUCGAUGGAAGGCUCUCCGAAGAAGGCAUCAACCUCAAGCUGGGAAGGGACCUUCCUCAGAAGAUUGGGCCUGCCAUCCUUAACAAGCUAGAGGGGACACUGAAGCUCACUAGUGACAAGCUUGAGUGCAACACACAGGCCCUGAUGGACUAUGGCAAUGUGAGCAGCAACACCAUUUUCUAUGUGAUGGAGAAGAUGAGAGAGGAGCUGAGGAAGAAAGAAGGGAUGGAGGGAAGAAUGGUGACUUGCAUUGGCUUUUGGACCUGGGAUUACAUUUGA